AUGACUCUUGUUCUCGCUGAUGCCUUCAUGGUUGACGAUAUCACUCGCAAGACGGUCCAGAGCCCCGAGCCACGUUCUCUUCGUAUGCAGGUGGUGAAGGAGGUUCCCGAUAAUUGCUUGAGUCAUAACGACGGGUGGACCUAUUGCGCGUUCAUCCUCGAGGAUUUUAAUCAAGUCAAUGGUGGCACACGGCUCGUCUCUAGUAAGGGUGACUGGAAAACGCUCGAUCUCGAGCUUGGAGUGCUUCUCGCGGCGGACUCGAGCCCGACCGAUGUGGGUAUUUAUGUCUCUGGUGUGAAUAUCUGGAAAUUUGAUAUUUUCUGUGGCAUC